UGAAUACUUUAAUAAAUAGUUAAAUUGGUCAGUUUUAGGAAAUGGACUAAUUUUGUAGUUAGCAACAUAUACAAUUAAGUAUUUCUCAUUCUAUAUAUUUUAUGAACAAAAAGUAAUCAAGUCAUUGAAUAGAUUUGAACAUUUCGGAUAUAUAUAUAUAUAUAUAUAUAGUUUUUGAAGAAACCUCUUUUUAAAAAAAAAACAAUGCAAAGAUUAUAUGCUAAAUCAGUUGCUAAUGUUAAUACAAUUAAUAUAUCUAUCAUUGGUAUGAAUGGUUCUGGAAAGUCAGCUGUGGUCGUCAAAUAUCUAACCCGUCGUUUCAUUGUGGAAUAUGCACCUUAUCUGAGUGACAGUUAUACGAAAGCUGAUUCAGUCGAUGGCCAUGAAUUAACAGUGAACAUUCAGGAUACAUCUGAUAGUGAUGAAAUUGAUCUUGAUGAUAUAAUUAAAUGGUCACAGGCAAUUAUUAUAUUAUUUUCUAUGACAAGUCGCCGAAGUUUUUAUCGUGCUCAAGAACUUGUUGAAGCAAUUCAUUCACAAUCUGAAUUAAUUGACAGAAAACCAAAAUUAUCAGGAACACAACAAUCUAAAUCAAAUAAUUCACAACACAUAAAUACAUCAUCAUCAACAUCAUUAAGUACUUCAUCAGUUUCAUCAGUAAAUCCUUAUUCUAGCAGUACACAACAUAGUUUGACACAAUCUGGUUCGUUAAGACGUUCAGCAUUAUAUAAUAUUAAUACUGUCAAACCACCUAGUAUAAUACUUGUUGCGAAUAAAUCAGAUUUGGAACGAUUUCGUUUGGUUCAAAAAGCAGAAGCUGAAGAGUUUGCGAAAUUUCAUGGAAUUCCAUAUUACGAGAUAACUGUUACUGAAACCUAUAAAGAAGUUCAAACUAUUUUCCAUGCAGCAGCCCGUCUUUGUCUUCAAUCAAAAGGUUUGAAACCACGUCAAAUGAAUGGACAGACUACAUCGAGCGGUAGAGGUAUUCUUCCUGGUGGGAAUCCUCCUAGUGUAUUAACAAGUUUAGCAGUGUCACCAAGUCUGUUACUACAGAAAAAAUCAACAUCUGUAUCACCUAAUCUCGAAGUGACAACAAGUACAGAAUCUGAAUUGAAUACAACAACAACAGCAACAACAGGUGGGUCUGCUUCAAUUCUUUCCAAUCUUAAAUUAAGGGCAGCCAGUCCUAAUUUGGUUACAAGUGGGAUAAAAACACCAACAUCUAUUAGAUUCAUUGGAUCACAAUCUAUUCUAAAUUCAAAACUACCCCCAACUCCACCCAACCAACCAGUCACUCAACUUUCUUCAACUCAACAACAACAAACGAAUUCAAAACCUGUCACAAUCCAACCUACAUCAAUGACACAAACACCAAAUACAUUAACUCGUAAACAUCCAAGUGUAAGUAGUAGUCAACCAACAACGGAACAACAAACAACAUCUUCUAUUACACCAGCUAAUAUUAAUCAAACAUUAUCAACAUCACAAAUACAAUUAAAUAAAAAACCACCUUCUAUAACACUUCCUCAACCAAAAAAAUCCGGUUUAGGUUUUAAAUUUUUCUCUAAAAAAGUAAUUUAUUGCAAACAGUUUCCUUUUUUGUUUUUCCAAUGUUUUAUUAAUUAUUAUUAUAAAUUAUAAGAAUAAUCCUCAUCAUAUUAGAAUGAAGAUAAAUGUUGAAUGCAUAUUUUUUUUAUAAAAUCAGUACUUAUGCUCAUUUAUAAUUUCGGUGUAAUUUCUGGCUAGUAACAAAGCCAUACAUCCAAAUAUACAUACAUAUAUACACAUAUAUAUAUAUAUAUAUAUAUAUAUAUAUAUAUAUAUAUAUAUAGCUGUUGGUUAACUGAAAGCAUAACAUAUUUUCAUUUGAACUAUCAUAUUAGUGUUGUUAAGUAGGUAAACAGAACCUUGUAUUGAUUCAUCUUUUACUUUAUUUAAUUGUUUUCUAGUUAUUAUUGCCAUUGAAUACUACUAUUCUAGUUGUAUAUUGUGAAUAAUGAAAAUCUUAUUUUAUUAUAUAAAAUAAUAGUAAAUUGUAUUUCUAUAAGGUUGAGAUUUGAUUUUUAAAUUGUACAGACGAAAUUCUACAUCUUUAUUAUAUUAAUAAUAAUAAUAAUAAAUAUCAUCAUAUAUA